AUGAUUGGUGCAGUGAUAACAGCAGCAGUGAUGUGUUCUGUGGCGCUGAGCUCAGGAGGCCCGCAGCGGCGGCCGGCAUGCUGGGAUGGGCGGCUGUCAGGAACCAGGAGGAACCGGAGCUGCACUGUUCAGAUUUUUGACCAUGUGGAGGGAGGACAGAGUUGUUUAUGUCCGACAGGAUUCUGGACCUCAGAACCAGACAGGAAUCUCAGAGACACUGAUGCUUCAUUUCCUUCAGCUUCACAGCCUUUCCUGAUGUUCUGCCACGGCAAAUCCAUCCAUCGGAUCGGUCUGGACGGCAGGAACCAGAGGCGGCUCGUGUCCCCGGUGGGAAGCUCCAUCCUCCUCGACUUUCAUUUCAAAGGAGAGAGCAUCUUCUGGGCUGACAGGAGGACGGGGGUCAUCUACAGAGCUUCAGUGAGAGCAGCACGCCGACAGAAACUGCACUCUUUUGACAAACACAUCUCCGGCCUUGCAGUGGACUGGAUUGGGAACUUUGUGUACUGGACCAGCGAGGAGAAGGGGGAGGUACGGAGAAUGGAUACAAAUGGAAAAAAUGAGAGGACGCUUUUAAGGAACUUAACCAAACCGAGCUCCAUCAGUGUUGACCCAACUUCCAGUCACCUCUCAUUGGAAACCAACAUUUGCAGGUUUUUGUUUUGGCUUUCUCGUGGGAUGGUCUCCAGCGUCCAGCGCUCUGAUGAGGGGGGGCGGAUCAUAAGGACUCUGCUCACAUCAGCAGAGCAGCUCAAAGCCCUGACCAUCGAUCGCCAGCACAGGAGGCUGUUCUGGGCUCAGUUCAGUCUGCAGGGCGAGAGCGCCAUCGCCUCCUGCGACUACGAUGGAAAGGUCCUACACGUCAUGGACCUGCCGCUUCAGUCUCACUCGUUUGCAAUGUCCCUUUUCCGGGAGCAUCUUUACUACACUGAUGCCAGGACCCAUGUGGUGAAGAGGUUGAACAAGUACACGGGUGGAGAGCCGCUGGAAGUUAACAUCAAACCAAAUACAAAAGUUCCUGUUGCCCUGAAGGUGGUGCAUCCUCUCAAUCAGCCAAUGACACAGACAUUGUUUCAAACAGGCUGUAAUGAGCAGAGUGGCGUCUGUGUGAACGUGUGUUCGAGUCUAGCAGAGCCAGCCGUCUGCCAGUGCGGUGAAGGAUUCAGUCUCAGUAAGCAGGGCUCCCACUGUGAAGAUGUGAAUGAAUGUGCUCACUGGAACCAUGGCUGCUCUCUCGGCUGUGAAAAUAUCCCCGGCUCAUAUUUCUGUACCUGUCCCAAAGGAUACGGCCUUCUGCCUGACAGGAAAACAUGCAGAGGUGAAUCCUUGAACAGUCGUUCUCCUCCAGGACCUCCCCCCUCUCUGCUGGUUGCCAAUCUGGUGGAUGUGCGAGUCAUCAGCGCUGACGGCGGCGGGGAUCAGACUCUGGUGAGAGAGCCCAGAGGAUCCAUCUUGGCUGUGGACUAUGACCCCCUCCAGAAGCAGGUAAAGACCCACCCCCUUCUGCUCUGCUGCAGGGAUUCAUGCUUCCUAAAAACACUUGAAUGUUGCUUUUCUGUGUUGUCUGCUCGUGUGUUUCUCCAGGUUUACUUUGCCAGCUCUGCUCAGAAAACCAUCGAGCGAGUCCAUCUGAGCGGGGGCUCCAGAGACCUUCUGGUCGCUGAUGGUUUGCACUCUCCAGAAGGACUGGCAGUGGACUGGGUUCACCGCAGGAUGUACUGGACUGACAGCAGCAAGUCGACGGUUGAUGGCAGCACUCUGGAUGGACUCGACAGAGAGACUGUGGUCAGGGAGAAGCUGGAGAGGCCCAAAGGAAUCACAGUUCACCCUCUGGAAAAGAAGUUAAUCUGGACCGACGUUGGGAGCCGGCCCGUGGUGGAGGCUUCAUCUUUGGAGGGGGGCGACCGGGCUGUCAUUGCAAGUUCUGGCCUUGUGGCCCCCACCGGCCUGACCAUCGACUUCACGGAGAACCGAGUGUUCUGGUGUGACCAGAAGAGGGGUGUGAUCGAGAGCGCCGGCUUGGACGGAUCCGAUCGACGGGUCCUGUCAGAGAACCAAGUAGGUCAACCGUUCGACCUGGCGGUGUUUGAAGACCGGCUCUGGGUCUCGGACUGGGAGCAGCAGCUGAUCCGGACUGUUCACAAGCGGACCGGGAAGAACCUGCAGUGGACCCACAGCAGCUUUCUGCUGCCGGCGUCUGUCGUAGUGCUUCAUGACCUCGCUAAACCAGGAGCAGACGCCUGUCUUCACCUGAACGGAGGCUGCGCUCAGGUGUGUGACAGUGAGGAGGGGGUGGCGCGCUGCUCCUGCCUGCCGGCCUUCGUCCUGUCCACCGAUGGGAAAACCUGCUCACCUGUGCAUGGCUUAGACGCAGGUGGGGGCGCAGAGCCGGAUCUCUUCACCAACAAGAUGAUUUCAGACCAGAGUGAGUGUCACGCCCUGCGCUGUGAUGUGAACGCACGCUGCCUGCAGCACGCCGACAGCGCCAGCUGCUGGUGUCUGCAGGGAUUCACAGGUGACGGACACACCUGUGUGGAGUUGGAAGCUUCAUGGGUGACAACCACAAGUCCUAUAGAAGAAAGAACUCGGCACCAGAACUGGAGCUCCGCUCAGAGGUGUCCAUCCAGCCAUGAGGCCUACUGCCUGUACCAGGGCGUCUGCCUGUACUACCCAGAGAUGGAGGCCUACGCCUGCAACUGUGUGCCGGGGUACAUGGGGGAGCGCUGCCAGUUCAGUGACCUGGAGUGGUUGGAGCUCCAGCGGGCUGAGAAGGAGAAGAGGAAGAACGUGACCAUCGCAGCCUGCGCGGUGGUGCUCCUGUCCCUGCUCGCCCUCAUCGCAUGCGUCACCUACUGCUUCAGAACCAGAAGACUGCUCUAUAAAGGCUCCUCUGUGGACGAUGUGAGUGAGAUCAGUGUGGCAGAAGACACCAUGUGCCAGAGCACCACCACCAGCCUUCCUAAGUUCUGCCCUGCAGCGGAGCGCCGCGUGGCGCCCUCGGACUCUCCAGAAACAGACAGAGGAUCUUUGUCCAAACGCAUCGGGUACCAGAGUCCCGCAGCACCUACUGUUGUCAUGGAGACCACCCAACUGGAUAUCAACCCCUCCAGUCCAUCCCAGUCGAGCUCCUGUUCCAGCAGCUCCUCGUCUUUCCAGGAUCCUUUCUAACUCCAUCACGGUUUCUGCAGACUUCUUUCUGCACGCUAAAGUCAAAGUGUUCUGAGCGUCAACAGAAGAUAACUACUGUAUGAAGAAGAGAUCUGCUCUGACCAGACAUAAACGCACUUGUAAUCAGUCGGUCCUCAAAGAAGCUCCACUGGAUGCUGAGCGAGCACACAAAGGUUCAUGCUUCACUUUGAGACUUCACUUGUUUCUGGUUCAGAGACACUCUAACAGUAGUUAGCACUCUCGGUCCUGGUCCAAAUCCUCGCUGGGUCCUGCAUGUUCUCGUGCAUGUGUGGGUUUCCUCCGGGCAUUCUCGUUUCCUCCCAAAGACAUGAUCCAUGGGUUCACCCGUGACUCUAAACUGCCCUAAAGUGUGCAUGUGAGUGUGCUCUGGCAACAGACUGGAGACCUGAUCAGACUAUGGCCCCACCCUCAUGCAACAGUAGCUGGGAUGGCUCCGCCCUAAAAGGGAUUGAGUGGGUUCUGGAGAUGGAUGGAUGGAGAAAAAUAUAAGACAAGGAGUUUUCCAAAUUCUCUUAUUUUCUUCUGUUGUAAAAGGAAAAUCAGUGCUUGUCAGUACUUGUCUUCCUGUUCUCUGAAAUAAAGUAAAAUAUUCUA